UCCACCGUUUGAGGGUUGUGUACGUGGUAUUGGCCUGCGCAUGCGCAGUCGGCUCAGUCGUCUAGGAUGUGGGAAGGACUGAGGGUUAUAUCCCCGGGCUCGGGGGAGACCUGAGGUCAUGGGCACCCCCUGACAGGUCCCGCCGAGUGGAGAAGUGGGCGAAGUUGUUCCGUCGCACUCUCCCCUGAGCCUUCGCCGGUUGGCUUGGCCCUCGGCCUUCCCACCUGGAGCUACCGCCAGCACUGUCCGCCGAGGAGGAGGAUGAGCUGGUUCAACGCUUCCCAGCUCUCUAGCUUUGCUAAGCAGGCCCUGUCCCAGGCUCAGAAAUCCAUUGACAGGGUCCUGGACAUUCAGGAAGAGGAGCCGGGCGCCUGGGCGGAGACCAUUCCUUAUGGAGAGCCGGGAAUAAGUCCCCCUCUCAGUGGAGGAUGGGAUACUUCAACCUGGGGGAUGAAAUCAAACACUGAACCUCAGAAUCAACCAGUAGCCUCUCCUAAAGCAAUUACGAAACCAGUUCGGAGAACGGUGGUAGAUGAAUCUGAAAAUUUCUUUAGUGCCUUUCUCUCUCCAACCGAUGUCCAGACCAUUCAGAAGAGUCCAGUGGUAUCAAAACCGCCAGCUAAAUCACAGAGACCAAAAGAAGAAGUGAAAAGCACCUUACAGGAAACCUUGCAUACUGGACAGUCAAGAACAGCUGAAACAAUUGAAUCAAAAGUAAAAGACGACUCUCCCUGUGUAUCCUCAGCGGAAACUCUGGUAGUAAGUACUCUUCCACCUAAAACUGAAGGCAAGGAUGGAGAAACCACUAAUAAAGAAUCUGCUAUGAAGGUGUCAACCAUAAAUUUGAAAUCUGAGAAUAUAGUGAAUGUGAGAACAGCUAGGGAAAAUGUAUCUAGUAUGUCUAUGCAGUCUCUCACAGCAGAAACAAAGGACGUGGCCUCAGAAGCAAAGGAACAAAAACAUGAAGACAGACAGAGUAAUACACCUUCUCCUCCUGUUAGUACCUUCUCAUCAGGUACUUCUACUACCAGUGAUAUUGAAGUUUUAGAUCAUGAAAGUGUAAUAAGUGAGAGCUCAGCAAGUUCAAGGCAAGAGACUACAGAUUCAAAAUCUAGUCUUCACUUGAUGCAGACAUCUUUUCAGCUUCUCUCAGCAUCUGCUUGUCCUGAAUAUAAUCGCUUAGAUGAUUUCCCAAAACUCACUGAGAGUUGCUGCUCAUCGGAUGCUUUUGAAAGAAUAGACUCAUUUAGUGUACAGUCAUUAGAUAGUCGUAGUGUAAGUGAAAUCAAUUCAGAUGAUGAAUUGUCAGGCAAGGGUUAUGCUUUAGUACCCAUUAUAGUUAAUUCUUCAACUCCAAAGACAAAAAUAGUUGAACCUGUUGAAAGAAAAUCUGAAGAAGUAAAUGAAACAUUAAUUAUACCCACUGAGGAAACAGAAAUGGAAGAAAGUGGACGAAGUGCAACUCCUGUGAACUGUGAACAGCCUGAUAUCUUGGUUUCUUCAACACCAGUAAAUGAAGGACAUUCUGUUUCAGACAAGGUAGCUGAGCAGUGUGAAGCUGCUGAAAGUCAGUUAGAGGCACUUUCUGAGAAGGAAGAUAUUUGCAAGAGAGUUGAAUUUUUGAAUGAGAAACUGGACAAAAGGGAGGCUCAGUUAUUAUCUCUUAGUAAAGAAAAAGCACUUCUAGAAGAAGCUUACGAUAAUCUUAAAGAUGAAAUGUUCAGAGUGAAAGAAGAAAGCAGCAACAUUUUUUCUUUGAAAGAUGAGUUUACUCAAAGAAUUGCAGAAGCAGAAAAGAAAGUUCAGCUGGCCUGCAAAGAGAGAGAUGCUGCUAAAAAGGAAAUCAAAAGUAUAAAAGAAGAACUUGCAACUAGAUUAAAUAGUAGUGAAACCUCAGACCUUUUGAAAGAGAAAGAUGAGCAGAUCCAAGGAUUAAUGGAAGAAGGAGAAAAACUCUCAAAACAGCAGCUGCAUAGUUCUAACAUCAUUAAGAAAUUAAGAGCUAAAGACAAAGAAAAUGAAAAUAUUAUUGCAAAGCUGAAGAAAAAAGUUAAAGAGCUAGAAGAAGAGUUGCAACAUUUAAAACAGAUCCUUGAUGGCAAAGAAGAAGUUGAGAAACAACAUAGAGAAAAUAUUAAAAAGCUAAAUUCUGUGGUCGAACACCAAGAGAAGGAUCUUGGCCGACUUCAGGUAGACAUGGAUGAACUUGAAGAAAAGAACCGAAGUAUUCAGGCUGCUCUUGACAGUGCAUACAAAGAACUUACUGAUCUCCACAAAGCCAAUGCUGCAAAGGAUAGUGAGGCACAGGAAGCUGCUUUGAGUCACGAAAUCAAAGCUAAAGAAGAACUUUCUGCAGCAUUAGAGAAGGUCCAAGAAGAAGCCCGUCAGCAGCAAGAAGCAUUAGCCAUUCAAGUGGGGGACCUGAGGCUGGCCCUGCAACGUGCAGAACAAGCAGCUGCCAGAAAAGAGGAUUAUUUACGUCAUGAGAUCAGUGAACUCCAGCAGAGACUCCAGGAAGCAGAGAAUCGAAACCAGGAACUCAGUCAAAAUGUUUCAUCAACAACAAGGCCAUUGCUUCGACAGAUAGAAAAUUUGCAAGCAACACUAGGGUCCCAGACAUCGUCGUGGGAGAAGUUAGAGAAGAGUCUCACUGAUAGGCUGGGUGAAUCUCAGACCUUGUUGGCAGCAGCAGUUGAAAGAGAACGUGCAGCUACAGAAGAGCUCCUUGCCAACAAAAUUCAGGUGUCUUCCAUAGAGUCACAGAAUUCUCUCUUAAGACAGGAGAACAGUAGAUUUCUGGCCCAGCUAGAAUCAGAGAAAAAUAGGCUAAGAAAACUGGAAGAUGAAAAUAAUAGGUUCCAGGUUGAAUUAGAAAACCUGAAAGAUGAAUAUGUAAGAACACUUGAAGAGACAAGGAAAGAAAAGACACUGUUAAAUAGUCAAUUAGAAAUGGAGAAAAUGAAAGUUGAACAAGAAAGGAAGAAAGCAGUUCUUACUCAAGAAGCAAUAAAAGAAAAGGAACGGAAGCCAUUUUCUGUUUCUAACACUCCCACAAUGUCACGAUCAAGUUCAGUAAGUGGAGCUGAGAUGGCAGGGCUACAAGCAUCUUUUCUGUCUCAGGAUGAGCCUCCUGAUCACUCCCUCGGACAAAUGUCUAUAUCAGCAAAUGGAAGCAAUCUUUAUGAUACUGUAAGGAUGGGGGCCGGAUCCAGCAUUAUUGAAAAUCUACAGUCUCAGCUAAAGCUAAGGGAAGGAGAAAUUACUCAUUUACAGAUAGAAAUUGGCAAUCUAGAAAAAACACGUUCAAUAAUGGCUGAAGAGCUAGUUAAAUUAACAAAUCAAAAUGAUGAACUCGAAGAGAAAGUAAAGGAGAUACCCAAACUUCGAACUCAGCUAAGAGAUUUGGAUCAAAGAUACAAUACUAUUCUGCAGAUGUAUGGAGAAAAAGCAGAAGAGGCAGAAGAACUUCGAUUAGAUCUUGAAGAUGUAAAAAAUAUGUAUAAGACUCAAAUAGAUGAACUUCUAAGACAAAGGCUCAGUUAAAUUCUGAAAGUUACAUUCCCAUCAAACUGAAUAUAAAUAUUUAAUAGCUAAAUGCCAACUUCCAAUAAAUUCUCUUAUAAUUAGAAAGUGGAAUUUAUUGCAGAUGUCAAAAAUUGAAAAAAAGAAUUUGUUUUAUAAUAUACAGUAAUAUUUGCAGUUAAAUUAUUUUGUGCAAUAUUUGAACUUUAUUUUUUAAACUAUCUUUAAAGAUUUAUUUUUAAAGCAUUUUUUGCCAUGAAUAGCACAGAGAUUUAUUACUUUAUCCUUAUAUCAAUAUGAUUAAGGAAGGAGAAUGGUGUUCAUACAUUGUAUUAUAGAUAAAUAACUAAUUGUAUCUAUAAUUUAUAUGUGUUUGUAUAUAGUGAGAACAUUUAAUGAGUGAUUAUUAACAUAGUGAUACUUUGAAAUCUUUCAUACUUAAAUCUUCAGCAUUUCUAAUUACUACUUAUCAAAAUGGGCAUUAAGUGUCCAAGUAUAAAAAUUAUUAAACUUCUAGUUACUAAAUUUUGAACUAAUUUUUUUUUCUUUAAAGUAGAAGUCACACUGACUUAGAAGUUUAAAGGGUGAAUAAUUUGAACUUAAAAACUUUUGUGGUCUGGACCCUUAUUUCACCCAGAUACUAUAAUUAAGUCUGUACAAAUUUGUUACCUGUCUGGAGAAAGCUGUAAUUAUUCAAAAUUAUCUAGGCAUGGUUACAUAAUGAAAAAAAAUGUGCUUAUAAAGAUUUAUGAUGGGCCCUGGCAUGUGUGGCUCAGUGGGUUGCAUGCCAGCCUUCAAACCAAAGGGUCACUGGUUCAAUUCCCAGUCUGGGGACAUGCCUGGGUUGCAGGCCAGGUCCCCAGCAGGGGUUGUGCAAGAGGCAACUACACAUUGAUGUUUCUCUUCUUCACUUUCUCCCUCCCUUCCCUUCUGUCUGAAAAUAAAUAAAGUCUUUAAAAAAACAUGAUUUGUGAUGGCAUCAGUAACAAUUGUUUUUGAACAGGUUUUGUUUUUAAUACCCUGUAAAAUGAAUCAAAGUAAUAAAAUUAUUAACAUAAUCUGUUCAAAUUUUUUUACAUUUCGUAAAGCCUUAUUUUUGGCAUAUAAAAAUGAAUGUUUGAUAUUACAGAACAUUCAUUAAAAAAUAGAGAAAUUAUAGGAGUUAAUUUAAAUUUGGCACUUGCAAUUCUAUGUAAUUUGUUAUUUUUUUCUCGAACCUUUAAAAACAAAAAGUAGUGCAGGAUAGCUUAAAAAAAUAGCUAUGCCUUCUUUUAAAUGUUAUUUUGUUCAAAGGUAAACCAGGCCGUGUUUUAUAUUUGUGAAAUAUUUUAAUACUUUUUAUUACUGCAAGUCAUUUAGCUACCUUUAUUUGCAAAUAAAAACUCUCAUUUAAUUUUUUGUUAAAUUUUCAGCGCUAGAACUAUGUAGUAUUAAUUAAAUCAUCUUGAAGAGUUUGAAUGCUUUUCAGAGCAUUUGAAGUUACUGUUUUUCUUUUUCUUUUUGUAUUCCAGGCAGUAUUUCUGCUGCUGGAUCUUUAAUGUUUAGCAUUAUUCAGUAUUUUUUCAGUGUGAGCCAAAUUCAUAAAAUUAAUUUUCUGUAUUUUAGUGGUAAAAUAGCAUUUUGCCACCUUAUUAUUUUUUAAUAUCAGGGGUUGACAGGUAGUGACAAGACUGAUAGCAAUAAUAAAUGUACAGACUUAGAAGAUAUAGGAAACUUAAUUUUCAAAAUUCUGUCAAGGGUUUGAAACUUGGAAGUUUAGGAAUUAUGAAAUUGUGCUUUUAAAAUAUCCAUUAGUGAGGAGGAAAAGAACCUUUUAGUUGUGAAGAAAAGAUUGAAAUAAAAUUCCUGUAACUUCCAAUUAUAAUACUAAACAUUCUCUUCUCUUAGUUUUUUACAUUAAUAAAGCUCCAUUUAGUAACAGAAUACAUAUUUAAAAAAUAUUGGUUGCCAUAUCUCGCUUUGUCAUUAAGACUUCUCUGCAAAUUUUAAUAAAGCAAUAUUUACAUUUUAAUAGAUAAUAUAGUUUGCAGUGAGAGGUUUCCAUUUUGGGGAGAAAACAGAUACUAUAAAUCUUAAUUUCAAAAAUACGGAUAAAAGUAAAAGAGAUAUGAACUUUUUUUUAAUGUAUAGACAUCUAAGCACAUACAAUAGUUAUCCUUCCAACUCUUGUAAAGUGAAUUUGAGAAUACCAAUUCUUUCUUUUCCUUUGCCUCUUUUUUGAGAACAUCCAGUGUUAGUGUUUUUAACACAUGGGUAUGUAUCAAAUGUAUCUACAUUGUGAUUUAAGAUAUCCCAAAUAUGGGUAGUUUCUGAUCUAAGGAAACUUUAGUUUUUGUAGUUAAGUAAGUAAAAAGAAUGUUCAGGAAAAUUUUUCUUCUUAUGAUUCCUCAAUUGGCAUUUGAUUUAUUGAGAGUUUUAUUCAAAUGUUUAUUAAAUGUAUAUGAUGUGUAGUCUUUAGAAAGUAACAAAAAAAAAGAAAAUGACUGUAGCUAUUUGAAUCUUGUUUUACUACUAUUUGUUUAGUACUCAUAAAUUUUACUAAUGUACCAUAUUUCAUUUUCAUUUUUAAAAUUAAUUUUUCAAUUAGUUUUAAACUAUAUAUUUUGUAAAGGGCUGAAAGUAUGAUAUAAACUAUAGAUCGACAUUAUAAAUAUUUUAAAUGAAAUAAUGUAAAUAAGCAUGGAUCUAAUUUGAAUAAAGAUUUAAAAAUAGUAAUGAUGCAUUUCAUUUAUAACAAAGUGUUCAAUACCAUUGAAGGGAGGUAGUAUUGUUUUAUGAAGAUAAUAUAACUUGUAUAAGUUUGGAAUUCAUAUUUGAAGAAAAUGAGUAUACCCCUGGCUGGUGUGGCUCAGUAGAUUGAGCAUGGACCUUCAGAUGAAAAGGUUGCUGGUUUGAUUCCCAGUCAGGGCCACACGCCUGGGUUGUGGGCCAUUUGGGGACGUGAGAGAGACAACCAGUUGCUGUUUCUCUCACACAUCAUCUUUCCCUCUUCUUCAUUUUCCCUCUUUAUAAAAAUAAAUAAAAUCUUUAAAGCCUAUUAUUAUAAAAAAAUGAGUAUAAGCCCUAAUUUUGUAUGAGUUAUUAAGACUGUUAGUAUUAAGCAUAGUUUUAUCUAAUGAAGAUUUAGUUUGGAAAACAAUUUAAGACUUACUGAUUGUAACUAACUGGUAAUUGUAAGGAUGAUUUGUAUCUUUUAAAAUCUUAAAUAGUAUCAAAGUAUUCUAAAAGUCAUAUAAUAUUUCUGUAUUUAAAUAACUACAGAUAUGUUAUCCUCUAUUUUUAAGUUUGUAUAGCUUAUACCAUUGAACUCUGCAUCUUGAUCCCUAAAGUACCUUUAAGCUAUUGCUUUUACAUGCAUCCGUGUUACCUUCUAACCAGUCAGUAUCCUUCAACAAGACAGAAUGGAAAUUGAAAGUAUAUUUCUUCUUAAUAUUUAAAUGCUUUUUUCAGAACACACAAAAAUCCCAAAUGCUUCCAUAUACCACACUUGCAAUGCAGGGAAUUCACUUAGUGCUGUCCAGAAUGUAUUCAUCACACUGCCCCAUUCCCUAGUAAGAUAAAUUUGAUUUUAGAAUCCUCAAGUAGUACUAAGUAAGAAGUAUGAACAAAAAAGGUGCCAUGUAGAAAACUGGACAAGCUCAGGGGGCUACUUGGAAGGCCUGACAAGCCCAAUGACAAGAUAACUGCACAGGCUGAUGUGAUCCAAAAUCCCUAACUGGGUAGGUCACAGUGGAUAGUCACACCUAUAGCUCUCAAUAAAAUGUUUUAUCUUUGCCUAAAGUGAGCCUUGUACAUUGUUCUUUUUUAAAAUUAAGUUUAUUUGCAUAAUGUUGGUUAAUAACAUAAGUUUCAGGUAUACAAGUUUAUAAUACAUCCAUUUGUAUAUUGUGUGCUCACCACCCAAAAUUUAGUCUCCUUCCAUCACCAUAUAUUUGACCCUUUUCCCUCUUCAUCCUCCCCUCACCCUCUUUCCCCUCUGAUAAUCACUAUACUGUUGUCUGUGUCUAUGAGUUUGUGUUGUUCGUUCAUCUGUUGCUUUCUGUUUUAUAUCCUACAUAUGAGUGAAAUAUAACUAGCUGUAUGGGAAAUGCAAAUUAAAACCACAGUGAGUACCACCUCAUACUUGUUAAAAUGGCUACUAUCAGUAACACAAGAAAUAACAAGUGUUAGAGAGGUUGUGGAGAAAAGAGACCCUUGCACCAUGUUAGUGGGUGCAGCCUCUGGAAAACAGUACUGAGGUUCCUUAAAAAAUUAGCAAUAGAGCUACCUAUGACCCAGCAAUCCUUCUGGGUAUUUACCUGAAAAAUUUGAAAAUGCUUAUUGAUAAAGAUAUAUGUACCCCUAUGUUCAUUGCAGCACUGUUCACAAUAGUCAAGACAUGGAAACAAUCUAAGUGUAUUUUGACUAGUGAUCAAAGAAUAGGUGGCACAUAUAUACAGGGAAAUACUACUCAGCCAUAAAAAUGAUGAAAUGUUGCCAUUUGUGUCAAUAUGGAUGAAUGCUGAGAAAUUCGUGUUGAGUGUCCAUUGUUCUUGUGCAUCUAGUGUAACAUACCUUUGAAAUGCUCGAGUAAUCUUUUCUAGACCUCUUGGAUGUAUAACCACCCUCACAGGAGCAGCACUUGAACUCCUCGUUGUAAUCUUGUUGCCUGAAUACCAUCUCUGUUUUCUGUAUGUUAAGUGUUGACUCUGGUACCCAUUGAUGUCAAUGUGUGUAUCUCUCCAUUUUGCUUUUUGUUGAAUCCCAGAGAUUCCCCCUACCUGCUUCGCUUUCUCCCACCUCUAUAAUCUACCAUGAAUGGAUUUCAUUUAACCUUCUUUACACUUCUUUGAUUCUAAAUAUAUAAAAUGAGAACUGCCAUUUUCUCAGUUCACUGAGAUCUUGCUUUUGGUUAUGUCCUCAGUUUCGAUGAAAUAAACUUGAAUAAACACAUAAAAUGUCUGUAGGUUUGGAUGUUCUUACAUCAGCAGAAGUAAUGGGAAGGUUUUCUGUUUGCUUAAUAUUAAAGUCUCUUCUAUAUGGGCAGAGAAUGGAAGUUUUAUACAACACUAUGCCCAUUUGGCUCUUGAAAUUACAAUCUUAAUUUUUUAAAGUAUUUAUUUACUUUUAGAGGGAAAUGGAGAAAGGGGGAGAAACAGUGAUGUGAGGGAGAAACAGUGAUUGGCUGCCUGCUUCAGGAGCUGAGUGGAGACUAAACCCACAACCCAGGCACAUGCCCUGACUGGGAGUCGAACCGGUGACCUUAUGAUUCUAAAGUUGCAUCUAUAUAAUGUAUAUUCAAAGAAGUUAUGAUAUAUACAUAUCCCUUCCACUGUGCUUUUCCACUCAAUAUGUCCUGCAAUGUGUAGAGAUAUUCCUCAAUCCUUUUUCACAACUGCAUAGUUCACCAUUGUGUGGAUAUGCCAUAGUUUAUUCAAUCAGUCUCCUAUUCACAGACAUUUGAGUUUACCAUAAUGUUAAUUUGAAGAAAGUUUAAAAUUAAAGUUUCACGUGGAUAUUUUAGGGGGGAAUUCUAUGUUGAGAAUGGCUGUUGGAGUAAUACAGAACUCAAUUUAAUGUUCUUAAAUCCCCAUCAUGUUUCCUGAGUCUGAAUGACCACAGCUUAAUAUGUAUUCAUUUAAAAUAGUGGUAUAUGCAUGUCACAGCAAUUUAAUGGGCUCGAAUGUCCUUAUAAGGAGUCCAGACUAUUUGUUAUAAGCCUUUCUGGUGUAUUUUUUUAAAACUAUAUAUUAAUAAUCUAUAUGUAUACAUAUAUAGUUUCUAUUUUACUUAACUCAGUGGCAAAUCAGCCUGUUAAAAUUUUUUUUAAUGACUUCAUUUAAAAUCAGUUAACAGGAAAGCUGCAUUUCUUGUAUAUGACCAAAAUAGGGUGGUGGCAAAUAAGCCAAGAAAAUAAUUUUUGAAAAUUACUGUUAUAUGUAUGGGGUGGGCAGAGUAUGAAGUAGACAAAGUCUUUUACAUAAAGAGUAAAGGAGUUAGUACCGUAAAAUGCUUCAGAACAAUGACUGGUGUACGUCAAAUACCAUAUUUGCUUUAUUUGGAAGAAAUCUAGAUAACAAUCUUAAUUUGUAAGGUUGCUAACAGAACUCUUAGCAAUUCUCAUAAUAGCAUCUAAAAACAUUUUAAAAGAAUGUAAGCCUUUGGAAGUAAAGUGUCGUGUUUCCUUAUAAUUCUAUCAUUAAUGCUGGUGACUCUGUGUGUGAGCUUAAGUUUAUUUCAAUUGUAUCAACCUUCGUGCAAAUCUGUUCUAGUUAAAUCAGCAUUGAAUGAUCAACUCCAGUAUGCUGUAUACGAGACUGUGUGGGAGAUGGGCAAACUAUUAUAACAAAAUAAUAAAACAAUUAGAAUUUAAUAAUUAUAAAAUAAA